AUGGCGGCGCUGAAGGAGGAGCAGUGCUACGGACUGUCCUGUGGAAGAGUGAGCAACGGCAGCAAUGUCUCCGUCUUUCACGUCAAACUCACUGACAGCGCACUGCGAGCGUUCGAAGGCUACCAGAGCGGCAAGGUCCUGUCAUCGCGACCGUUGAUCAGAUUUAAUGGAAACCAAGGGAAAAUUUCAAUACCGCGGUCCGAAAAUUCCAGCGAACUGCAGUCGUUUACGUUCUACCUGUCGAACGUGGGCAGAGACAACCCCCAGGGCAGCUUCGACUGCAUCCAGCAGUACAUCACCAGUGAAGGGAGCAUUCAGCUGGAUUGUUUGGGCGGGAUCCAGGACAAGAUUACAGUGUGCGCCACGGACGACUCCUACCAGAAGGCCCGGGAGAACAUGGCCCAGGUCGAGGAGGAGACUCGCAGUCGGAGUGCCAUCGUCAUCAAGCCCGGGGGGAGAUACGUAGGCAAGAAGGUUCAGAUCCGGAAACCGGCGCCUGGCCUCUCCGACGUGGCCCCGCUCCGGAGGACGUCUCGGCCCGUCAUCAUCUCCAGCAGCACGAUAAAGAAGGGCACGCCUCAGCACCGGCCGCUCCGAGAGCGCCUCACACACCUGCUGGCCCUCAAGCCUUACAAGAAGCCCGAGCUCAUCCUGAGGUUGCAGAAAGACGGCCUCUUGCCAUUAGACAAGGACUCCCUGGAUAGCUACCUGCAACAGGUGGCGAACCUGAAUGGGAAAGACAACACCUUCACAUUGAAGGACAUUUUGUAUAAGGAGAUCCAGAAGGACUGGCCGGGCUACACAGAAGGAGACCAGCAGCUUCUCAAGAGAAUCCUGUUUAAAAAACAGAGCCAGGCGACCCUGAACAGCUCCGCCCCUCCACUGGAGAGCCCGCCCAAAGAGCUGGCCGGCAGCUCGCCGUCGAAACGACCGGCUGCCGACUUCAUCGACCCGCUCGCCAACAAAAAGCCCCGGAUAUCGCAUCUCGCCAGCAAGGCUGCAACAGCCCCGGUUAACGGCAAGCUCGGCUCCUCCAAUGGGCGGGGGGAGGCGGGCGGCGCUCAGGGAGGCGUGGCGGUUUCGGUGGCGGUUUCGAUGUCGGACGGCGGCGUGACGUCCGGCGGCUCCCAGCAGCUCCCUCUGCUCGACAUCCCCCGUCCUUUCGAAGCACUGUCGGACGUCAGCAACGACUCCAGCCACAACGGGAGGGAUUGCGACUCUCAGGAAACCGCCGCGGCCGAGCGGCUCGGCCAGCAGCCCUCGCUGCUCUCGGGCCCGGCGCCCGGCGUCGGCACGUCGUCUCCCGGACACGCGGGCCCGGCCGCUCCUCGGGACAAGAGUCCGUCGUCUUUCAACAGCAAGUCCAGGAAGAAGUCCAAAAAGCAUAAAGACAAGGAGAAGAGCAAAGACAAGGGGAGGGUGAAGGAAAGGGCUCAGGAGAAGGAGAGGAAGAGUCGUGGGGAACGUGUGCCUGAGCCCAACCCGGUCUGUGAGCUGAGCCCCGGAAACCUCAAAAGCAACAGUAUUCCACACAAAAGCACAGAUCUGAAUGGGAUGUGCAACAGUACCAGUAUUCCCACGUCGUCAUCUGAGGUGGCAGCCUAUUUAUUGAAGUACACGGUGAUCGUCGCUCCGGAGCAGCGUCAGAGGUAUAAAAACGAUUUCAACGGCGAGUACAGUGAGUACCGGGGUCUGCACGCCCGGAUAGACGGCAUCACCCGGCAGUUCACUGUGCUCGACAACGAGCUCAAACAGCUCCACCAAGGCACAGACAAGUACAAGACAAUCCACAAUCAGAUACUUCAAGAGUAUCAUAAAAUAAAAAAGACUAAUCCAAACUAUAGCCAAGAGAAGAACCGCUGUGAAUAUCUACACAACAAACUGGCAUAUAUAAAGAGACUUAUUGCCGAGUACGAUCAACAGCAACUUUUUAAAAAAAAGUAGUUCUUCGACAUCGUUUCCCUGUUGUCUCUGGAAACCAAGCAGAUAAAGGAAAACUCUGGAUUCCGCCUGUGCUAAAUAAUGUUCACAUGAAAGAUGCCAUGAAAGGAGUAUUCCCCCUCAUCGGGGCCAAAGGCUCUGAUGAAGACUUAAGCAGGACACAUGAUAUUUUUCUCUCUCUCUCUCUCUCUUCCCCUCUUUUCUUUUUGGAAGAUAGGGUUGUGCCGCGGGGGGGGGGGGGGGGGGGGUAACGAUGCAUCCAGGGGAAAAAAGGCUUUAUUUUUCUCCGCGGUCCGCCCUGCUACGUCGUGCACACGAGCCUAAAAGAGUCGAACAUGGAGACUUUCCCACUUCCUUAGGAGAUAAUCCAAAUGAUCUUUCCUGCUUUUGAAACUAGCUGUAAACUGCGGAUUGUGCGCCAAAUGCUACUAAUUUAUAAUGAUCAGUUCCCCGCCCUCCGCCUCCCCCCAUAUACUGAAACGAACGGUUUUGACGUUAUUUCUCCGUUUUAUUUUAUUUAUUUUCCACACUUAAUUUGUGGGGGGGGGGGGGGGGUACGAGUCUGUUUUACACUCCUUUUAAUAUCAGUCCUUAAAAGCCGUCUCUUCUCUUCGGUCCUCGCGUCUUGAAUGUCAGCCAGUAUUUUAUUCAGAAGCUGCCUUGCCCAUCUAAUUGUCAGAUCUGUUGGCGUUAAUUAUAUUUCUCUCUUUUAAAGAGAUGCAGAUAUUUAGUAUUGAUUAAAUCAAGACGAUGCAUCUAAAUGCACACGGUCGGAUGCAGGUUUAUAGGCUCGGCUUUUCUUUCCCAACAACAACAACUAACCUGUGCAGAUGUCUUAACAGAGGGGGACACGUGUGAAAGUCUCCAGUCCGGUCGUCCUCACUCGGCAGUGCUGCUUCAUCGGUGACGGCAGUCGGCCCUCAUGUUCGUCACAAUGUUUCAGUGAAGAACGACGUUCAGCUCUUAUUUGGUCGUCUUUCCCCGUUUUAGGUCCUGAAGGAUUUUGUAGCAAUAGAUUAAUUCAAAGUUAUCAAGAAGAGUCAAAAUGCCAGCGCUGCUCCAUGCUUCAGAAAAGAAAACCUCUAAUUUGUAAGAUGAUGCAGACGUGGGAUGCAGAUCUGGCUUUUCUUUUUCUUUUCAUCCUUAAAAAAAGAAAAAUGUAAAUAAAAAAUGUUUUCUUUCACAGAUCUCCUAGUUUACCACCAUUGGAACCUUUUUUCAAGUGACGUUAAAAUAGUGUUUGCGGCGUCUUUUUAAACGAGGAAAGAAAAAAGAAAAGAUACAUUUUUGAGUUUCGUCUGCUCAACGUGGUAGCCACGCGUCGUAUCGUGGUAGCCACGCGUCUCAUCGUGGUAGCCACGCGUCGUAUCGUAGCCACGCGUCGUAUCGUGGUAGCCACGCGUCUCAUCGUGGUAGCCACGCGUCGUAUCGUGGUAGCCACGCGUCGUGGUAGCCCAUCGAGACGACUGUUAAGAUGAAGCCAUCCCCGAUCGUCUUUCCGGGGCGGAGGCCUCUCGGAGGAGGAAGGCGACCUCCCCUCCCCCCGGCGACCAGUUUUUGCCUUUUUCCAAAUGUGAUGUCAGAUAUUCACCGAGGGUCGACCUGGAAUCCAUUUUUUUUCCGGAUCAGCGCUCCGCUCCUGAGAAGCGUCGCGAUCCGCUCGGCGCGUCCGAAGACUAAUUGGAAGUGCUGCGCCGCGACUCAACCCGACGGGCGAGCGAGUUUAGUCGGCGACCGCAUUUCUUAAUAACGAUCUUUUGAUGUGAAAUAUCUUGCUGUUACCUGGGGGGUGUUUGUCCAAAUGACACUUUUCUCUUUGUCCAUCAGAGUGCAUGCUUUAUGAAUGUGCUACAAUGAACAGUCUUUGUACCUUUUACUUGAAGAAAAGAAAAAAAACAAAGUAGAAAAAAAAAAACUGCCCAAGGAUAUCGAAAGCCAAGCAACGGCCUCGUCCAACUGAAUUUAGUAUGUAAUCAAUUCGACGUGGCUCUGACCAGCAUGUAUACCAAAGUGCUUACCGAGUGAGAUGGAACAAAACGCUCUACCAAAUGACAAAGGAACAUGUCACAGUAUUCUCUUCUUCCUGUUAUCAUUUAUCUCUCCCCGCCACACCCACCCCAAUGGAAACCUCCCCAGUGUUUUCUUGUGAGAAGUCCGAGGACGCUCCUUUUUUUGUUGUUGUGUUGCUCCAGACGUGAUUCUCAUGACGGGGCCUCGAGUGUCGUCAACGUAACGCCAGAUCUCAGAUUCUGUAACUUCCCCCGAAUGCAAACACGACAUGGAGGUCAACGCUCCAGGACUCACCGGGUCCAGGGCCCAGGUCUGGAUCCGGGUCGGGUUUGUGACGGUGAAACCUCUCGUCACCAGGAUUGGCAUCGCCCAGUACUGCAACACCCCUCCCCACACUCACUGUAUCUUGUUUUCUGGAAGCAUUCUGACAUAAUUCUUGUAUAACACUUCUGUUGCGGUCAAAAAGAAGAGUGAAUGUGCUCCUCGGCAAACGGAGAGCGGCCCCGUUUGAACGUGAACGACAUGCCAGCACGGGACGAACCGUCGUACGAGUCGAUUGUGCCAAAAUGACCUGUGGUAUAGGUUUUUCUGUUCUCUUUUUUUUUCUUCUUUCCUUUUGAGUAUAUAUACAUGCUGCUGUGUAAGCAAAGAGGGCUUUGGAGAAGAGUCAUGAAAUGUUGGCGCUAAAACCCAAAGCACGCUUUUUGAAAAACCAUGAGGGACUGGGACUGAAAUUGAUCUUUGUUUCAAUAAAGAUACUUUGAAAUCCUUA